CACAUGACCUGCGACGUUACUGCCACUGUUGACUGUUCGCGAAACGACGAGACCGACGAGUAAACUCACUAAAAAACGCGCGCAAGGAGAAGGAAGGGAGCAGCAGGGAGCAGAUUAUUCUUUCUUAAUUGUCGACCAUAAAAACGGUUAGAUGGACACAUCAUGUGAUGACGUGAUUAUCUUUCAAAUAAGAUUUUGAGAAUAUAAACGUUCAAAUUAGUUCCUUCUAAAAGAAACAUGGCAUCGUCUUCUUUGAACAACCAGUACAUCAACGAUCAAAUGGAGCUGGACGAGCUUGCUGUCCUCAACGAUCUAAAUGACAUGAAGCGCACUUUGAUGGACUGCGGCCACCGAAAUGAUGAGCUUCGAAUAAAAGCUUCUGAACUUCUGGCAGAAAUGGCCGUUCUGCAUGACCCAAAAAUGGACCUGAAAAGGUUUAACUACUUGGAAUUCCUGGAUGACAUCGAAAUUACUGCUCUCAAAAUUGAUAGCCCUGAAGUCCAAGCUGUCCUUGACGCUGAAUCAAAGGAGGACCAAAGGGUUGGUUAGCCUGAAACCCUUGCAGCUAAAAAGGAGCUCUUUGAAUUCAGGGUCCUUCCAACAAUGGAGACAAAAGUCAAGCUCAGUGAUUCCACUUCUUGAGAAUUUGAGUUAUAAAUGAAAGCAUAAAAUUAAUUAUAAAUUCCUUUGAGGAUGUGCAGCCAAUGAA